AUGGCAGAGUCAUCAGAGAUAUCGGAACCAAUCUACUUCUGGAGGGAGACUGAUCCCCAGACGGGCUACCUCUCCCAGUGGUACUACUGUCCCUUUCGCGACGACAAAGACCCAAACAUCAUCUACGAAACGGCAGAGCACUACAUGAUGUACCAAAAAGCUCUCCUCUUCAAAGACCAGCCCUCGGCACAUAAAAUCCUCUCCAAAGGCCAAACCCCCCGAAAAGUAAAGUCCCUCGGCCGCAAAGUCGCAAACUUCUCCGAAAGCACCUGGAACGCGAAGCGCGAAGAGAUUGUUCGGCGGGGAAACUACCUGAAAUUCACAAACGCCGUCAAGGAAGUCGGCUUCUGUCGUGGCUCGUCGUCGGGAAGUAUACCGCUUGUGGGAGGAUCGUUGAGGGAGACGCUGUUAAGUACGGACGAUAGGGAACUUGUUGAGGCGAGUCCGUUUGAUAGCGUUUGGGGGAUUGGAUUGAAGGCUGCGGAUGCGGAUGAGAAUAAUAGGGAGGCUUGGGGGCUGAAUCUGCUGGGGAAGGCUUUGAUGGAUGUGCGGGCUCGGUUGAGGGAGGAGAAGGCGGCGGCUGCUGGGAAUGAGUGA